AUGAAGGCUAAAGCCCUAUUGGAAUUGAAUCUAGAAAAGGAUGUAAAGGAGAACAAGAAGAGCUUCUUCAAGUACAUCCUCAGCAACAGGAAGUCUAGGGAGAGUGUGAGAAUGCUGCUGAAUGAGGUGGGUAACCUGGUGACAGAGAAUACAGAGAAGACAAAGGUAAUUAAUACCUUCUUUGCUUCACUCUUUGCUCUUAAAGGCAGCCCUCAGCAAGCCCAGUCCUUGAAGGACAGAAAGUCUGGAGAAAGGAGGACUUUUCCCUUGGAGGAGGAACAUUGGGUUAGGGAUCUACUAGGCAGCUCGACCGGCGCCGGCAGCGCCGCUCAGCCCACAAGGUGGCGCCGUGGGACCAGUGAGGGGCCGGGCGGAAGUGGCGGCCGGACUCCCAGGUUGCCGCGCCGCGCCUGGCAGCCUCCUCAUCCUCGCCGGAAGGAGGGAGCAAUUACCGGAGGCGGCUUCGCUCGACCCCCUUCCUCGCUCAGCGGAGUCACAGGCUGCCUGGUUCGCCUUGCUCACCAGAAAAAAACUCCACAAGAGAUGGAGGACACUGAGCCGUGGUAUUCUGUGCCAGCAUAUGCAAGAUACUGGAAGCAUUUUGACUUAGCCAUGCGCUGGAUGCGUAGACACCAGAAAGCCUACAGGAAGGCCAUGGAGUCCUUUUAUUACCUUCCGUGGCAUCCUCCUGCAGCCUCUCGGAGUAGCCGCUACUCGGAUUGGGAUGGGAAUGAUUUCACACGUACUCAAAACUCUUCUUGCAGCUAUAGCCCAUGUGGAAGAGCUCCAUACCAUAGGGGAGCUCAGCAGUACACAGAUGCCAACGAGGGGAGGGAGGAUGCUGACAAGGACUCGGAAAUGGAGGAGGACUCCGAGUCUGAAGGAGAGAUAGAGUAUGACUUGAGUGACAUGGAGAUCACAGAGGAGCUUCGCCAGUUUUUUGCGGAGACAGAGAGACACCGGGAAGAGCUGCGGAGACAGCAGCAGCUGGAAGCUGAGCAGCAGUACGUGGAGGCUGAUCAAGAUCUUCACAAAAGGAUGGGGCGUUCUGUGCAGCCGCCUACAGAGAGACCUGGGGAGAGGCGAAUGGCAGAAAUGAAGAAACUGUAUGGUGCUGAAGCAGAGAAAAUCCAGGCAAUGGAGGCUGCCAUGCAACUGAACUUUGAUAGAAACUGUGACAAAAAGCAGCCCAAAUACUGGCCCAUUAUUCCCCUGAAGCUGUGAGUACCUGGACUCUGCUCUGACCUGGUACAGAGUUGUAGGGAUCGAUACAUCAAUCAGGUUGUGCUGCAAUAGGAACAAACUGCAAAGCUUGGUUUUGGUUGGGCUUUGAGGCAGAGACUGGCAAGGGCAGCAUUUUUCUUUGCCCUGUGUUCUUUUACACUGUCAAUGUUGGUCACAGUCUAUUAAACCUACAUACAAUUGUCAAGUAGUAAUAGCAGGGUAAGUAAUAUCAAACCUGUCUAAAGUCAUAGUUUCACUCAUUUGAUACCUGCCUUCCUUGACUAUGCUAGAAAGAAACAUAACAUAGUAUUUCCAGUUGGUGAACUGGGAAAACUUCAAGCAAUGCAAAAAAGAGAAGGACUACAUGAAUUAUCUGCUCUUCCCAUUUAGGGAAAUUGAGAGAGAUCCCACUUUAUUUAACAGAGUAGAGUUUGGGUCCUGUUUAAUGCAACACAGCCUAAAGUGUUAUGUCUGAUAAUUUUGGAUUUUUUUUAGAACUGGGAGCCCACUGGCCAAGAUACAACAUCUCAAAUGACUGUAGCCCAGACAUUUUAAUCCUUUUUCAAAGGUUUAUUAUAAAGCAGGAAGUUUUUCUUCCAGACUGAUACUUGUCCAGCCAGAACUUUACUCUAAAGCAAUGUUAUAUAGAAAAGUGUUUUCCUGAAGGGGGAGUGAGGGAGAAGCCUGAUGUGGCCCUGUCUUUUAAGAGAUCUGUUUCACAGAAGAGAGACUUUAAGAGGGAAAAGCACACUUGGGGCCAAUGCCUGCAGUGACUUCUGCAGUUCUAAUAAAAGGCAUUUUGUAGGUUUGAAGCUUUAAAGAAGACAUAUUAGUUCAAUACACUAAGAGAGAGCACAGAAGCCAUGUAGCUCUGAGUGCUCUGUUUAUUUUAGUCCAGCUUUCCAAUGACCACCUGCAUAUUACAUGCACAAAGCUUAAAUGCAGGCAAUAGGUGUGCCUCUGUGUGUACUCAUCCAUCUGUGCAGUCUGUUUGGCUCCGCUUCUGUCCCUUUUAUUUAUGGUCAGUUGUGCUUGCCUCUCUAAUAGCUGACUAGGCAGAGUGAGGCACACAUAUGGUUUGUGUAAGAGAGGCAGAAUUGGCCCCUCGAUACUGGUGAUCCCUUAGAAAAUGGUGCCCUGAACACUUGCAAGGACUUUCUGUGCAGCACUGCUGCUGUGUAGUAUUGUGUAUUGAAGGCCUGUGGUUUGUAUUAAGCAGUAUUUCCAUGCCAGGGCAAAGGAACCUUAUGCUGUUUUAAUUGUCAAAAAUAUAAAUAUGCCUUUCUGGCACCACGGGAAGGUCACAACUAAAAUUCUAACUUCAGUUCAUUCUCACUGUAUCCGGUGUACCUCUGCAGCAUGUGUAGUUUGUAACACACACCAGCAGUUGCUGUGCCCCCAGCAGCAGCCAGCCACACCAAAGCAGGUCUGUAGUACAGUUUGGAGUGUCUUUGGUUUUACUGGUAGUUGCUGUGUUUUUUCAAAGCAGCUUUUUCUUUUCAGUUCCACCUCUGUCGUUUUAGAUGUGACAAGAUGGUGUUAGAUAGAACACUGAAAGUAAAAGCCCAUAGUCUCCAAGAUUUAUUACUGAUGUGAUUAAUCUGAAAAACUUGUGUGAGAUGAGAGGGAGUAGGGUUUUGAACAGUCCUGCAUUUGUAUCUGUUCUUAGUUUUGGCGGGUUUUCUCAGAAAUUCCACAUUUUGUUUGAAUUUCCCUUUGUUGACCAAAUAAAUUCUUUUUGUAACACCUUGUAGAUUUUUUUUUUUUUUAAAUACACAAACUUCCAUACUUUGGUGCUCCAGUUCUCAGAUGCUAAAGUUUUCACUUAGCUGCUCUGUUGUCUAAGGAAGAUCGAACUUAGAGCAAGCACAGUUUAACUGUGGAGGAGGAGGACUAUAGGAGGACUGUAAAGCCCUGGAGGAACAACUGAAAACUAGUGGGGCCUGAGUUAUCUUCUCCACUAUUUUACCAGUCAGAAAAAUCAGGGCAGAAAUAGACAAAUAAGGCCUGUCAACUCCUGGCUAAGUGGCUGGUGCUGAUGAGAAGGUUUCAGCUUUUAUGACAAUGGGACUUUCCUGGAUGACUGUAAUCUACUAGGGUAGGGUGGAAUACACCCGUCUAGAGGGGCACUUGAAUCUUCAGGAAUUGCUGGCCAACUUGAUUAAGUGGGUUUAAAACUGAAGGAUGCAGGGAGUGGGAUGUGAAAUGGCAAAGUAUGUGCCAUCCCAUCCAGCCAGGAAAUAUGCCAGGAGAACAAAAACAGUGACAGGUAUGCUUCAGAUGCAUGCAAAGAUGAGAAUCAGAAGGCUGACCACCUAAUGGGACUUUUUUCUAUUGUAGCUAGCAACAGGACAAGGGGUAAUGGGAUGAAGC